UACAAUACAACAAAAUUGCGAACAGAACGGAACGUAACGCCAGCUGCCGGUUGAGUUGAUCAUGAGCUUACUGCGUGAAAAUCCAAAAUAGAUUUGUAUUGUUUUAUAAAACGUAACGUAGGAAAACCAAACGAACUUAACAGAAACCCAUAAGUGCGACAAUAAGGACAUUACAGUAUUUUCUUCUAGAGGAAAACAGUGUAGUGACGAUAAAACACUGUAAUGUUCAAAUUCUUGUCCAAUUCCUUGAUAACGCAGGCCAGCUGUCAAGAGGGGGCUGGCUAUUUGAAACGGGCCGACAGUGACCGCCUUUACGAGAUUUUCCUUAAGUAUGCGACUUUAGAAAAAAAUGGCGAAAAACACAUCUCGUGUGAAGAUUUCGUGCGAAAGUUCCUCGGCUUGUUUGACGAAGAUGACUACAACAAGGAAUCGGUGCAGCUCAUUGCGGGUAUCGUGGACAUGGACAAGGACGGCUACAUAUCGUUCUCCGAGUUCCAGGCCUUCGAGGGGCUCCUCUGUGUGCCGGACGCGCUCUACAAGACUGCCUUCCAGCUGUUCGACACCAACGGCAACGGCCUCGUCGCCUUUGAUGAAUUCGCCGAAGUCAUGCGCAAAACCGCCCUUCACAAGAAGUUGCCGUUCAAUAUGGAGAGUACAUUCGUGCGAUUGUAUUUCGGAAAGGAUAAGAAAAGGUUAGUGACAUAUCCAGAGUUCAGUCAGUUCUUGCACGACUUCCACGAGGAGUACGGCGUGGAAGCCUUCAAGAAGUGUGACAAAGAUGGCAGCGGCUUUAUUACGGCUGCUGACUUUAGGGACAUCAUGCUGACAAUCAAGAACCACCUUCUCACUAAGGAGUUGAAGACCAAAGUUAUCAUGGCGUCUGGGUUCCCACAAGGCGAGCGCAAAAUCAGUUUCCCAUACUACAUGGCGUUUACGUCCCUCCUCAACAACAUGGAGCUGAUCAAACGGGUGUACCUCAACGCGUCAAAUGGUCACCGCACCCAGGAGGUCACCAAGGAGGAGUUCCUGCACUCAGCGCAAAUGAUGAGCCAGGUUACGCCUCUGGAAGUGGACAUACUCUUCACGCUUUGCGACAUGAUACAUCAGACGAAUGGUCGAAUCAUAUACAAUGACCUCAUCUCAAUAACACCAGAGCAGUACUUCAAACACGUAACACGAAGAGUCGCUGAGAUCAAAGCAGUUUCGAGUCCGGAGGAGAGAGGUGUUUUUAUACAGAUCUUAGAGAGCACGUACAGGUUCACGCUUGGCUCUAUCGCUGGUGCCGUGGGAGCGUCAGCAGUGUACCCAAUAGAUCUGGUGAAGACCAGGAUGCAGAACCAGAGGACUGGCUCCUUCAUCGGCGAGGUGGCGUACCGGAACUCCUGGGACUGCUUCAAGAAGGUCAUCCGGCACGAGGGCGUGUUCGGCCUCUACAGGGGACUGGUGCCGCAGCUGAUUGGUGUAGCGCCAGAGAAGGCCAUCAAACUGACUAUGAAUGAUUUAGUUCGUGAUAAGUUUAUGGACAAGAAUGGAAAUAUUGCUUUGCACGCGGAAAUUCUUGCCGGCGCUUGCGCGGGUGCAUCUCAAGUAGUUUUCACAAAUCCUCUCGAAAUAGUAAAAAUCCGUCUACAAGUGGCAGGCGAGAUCGCCGCCGCUAGUAAAGUCCGAGCGUGGUCCGUGGUCAAGGACCUUGGCCUAUUUGGACUUUACAAGGGCGCCAGGGCCUGUCUGUUGAGAGACGUGCCCUUCAGCGCUAUUUACUUCCCGGCCUACGCUCAUGUAAAGGCGAAAUUUGCAGACGACAACGGCUACAAUCACCCGUUGACUCUGUUGGCUGCUGGCGCCAUCGCUGGCGUGCCGGCCGCCUCGCUGGUCACCCCCGCUGACGUCAUCAAGACCAGGCUACAGGUGGUAGCCCGAUCAGGUCAGACGACGUACAACGGUGUUAUAGAUGCGACGAGAAAGAUUUACGCCGAAGAAGGCGCCAGGGCGUUCUGGAAGGGUGCUAUAGCGCGUGUAUUCCGUUCGUCGCCGCAGUUCGCCGUGACUCUUGUGACGUACGAGAUCCUACAGCGUCUGUUCUACGUCGACUUCGGAGGAUCUCGACCAGCGGGCUCGGAGCAGACGAUAUCGACGCCCAUCGAGGAGGCGGUCCGCAAGCCGCACCAUAUCGGCGGGUACCAGGUCGCCAUGCCGGUGCUCACCGGGCUCGAGACCAAGUUCGGCAUCAGUCUGCCGAGGUUCUCCUUCGCCAACCAGCCGCAGAACUCGCAGAAGUAGACUAUCGUGGACUGUAAGCCGCGGAACACACAGAAGUAGACUAUUGUGGACUAUAAGUUCCAAUAUUUAUUGGUGGAUACUACUAUAUAAGUUAUGUAAUUGUAGUUAAAUAUUAAAUCUAUUAAUUAUUUAUACUGCCCAAGCGAGUGUUGCUUUUUAAAUUAUAAAAAUAACGAUAAUUUAUUAAGGAAAAAUGUGAAUACUAUCGAGUGUGAUAUGUUAAAUUGAGUUUUUGGUAAAAAACAUAUAUAUUUUGUUCUAUAAAAUAUUAAAAAAGUGUUCCGCCAUUGAGCUUAAUUUUUUGUACUCCGAAGAAAAAAGUCAUAUUUGCAUGGAACAUAGAUCAAUGUCGCAUUUGCACAAUAUAACAAUUUUUGCGGAGUAUAGAAAAUUUUGUAAAAAAAAACAUUAAAAAAACUAAAUAGUAUGACAGCUGAGGUUAUUUUGCUAUAUUCCAAAAAAAAAAAGUAUUUUUUGCAAAAUUCAUUGCUUAAUAUAAUUUUUUUUUCUUGAACCAAAACAAUGUCCAUAAAAUAUUUUCCAAAAUUAAAUACGCUAUUUUUCUUUGUAGCUUUUUCAUGAAAAUAUCAAAUUUUAUAAGCAAUAGUCCAGAGCACCUCGCAGCAUUUUGUAAGCAACUAUUUAUAAGUUUAUCUCCCAAUUUUAGGCUACCAAUAAUUAUAAUGUACGAUUUAUAUAAUACCUUUUUGUUCCAAUAUUCAAAUAUGCUUUUAUAAUGGCUUUUAGAUUUCUUUUUUAUAUUUUAUUUUAAUUUAUUUAAUAUUGAAUUUAUUAAAUCUUCAAAAACGAGUCAUGAAGGCAAACAUGUAUUUAUUUUGACUAUAUUACAUUUUAAAAUGUUUUUUACGAAUUGUUAAAAAUUUUGCAAUUUUUUUUUUGUAGCAUUGUUUAAAGCGUCGAUUCUUAUAUUUGCAGAUAAGUAUAUCCUAUUUAAUUUCUUUCUAAAGCAUUUUUAUAUCGUUUGGAUCAUCAUAAUAUGUCUCAAAUGAAUGUCAAAGCAAAAAUAUUCUUCAUUAGAAUAGGCCUAUAUCUUAAUUCAUAAAGUUUUUUAUGGGAUUUGUUUUUGUAAAAAAAUCCUAAUUUGGAUUAAGUCCUUUAAUAUAAAUUAAACUAAUUAGAUAGUAAAAUGAUCUUUUAGUUAGAAAACAAAAUGCACUCGCUUUAAACUCGCAUUUUUAUAUAACUUUUAUUUUUUUCGACAGAAUUAUAACAGAAGUUGUAACUUUGAUUAUAAGAUUAUAACUAAAUUGUACUGAGAAUAACAUAAAUGUUACACGAAAAAAUAUAUUAAUGCAUAUAACAUUUAAUUGGACAUUACAAAUGUUAUAUAGUUGUAACAAUAGUUAAUGUAAUAUUAAGUACUCGGUUUUCCACAAGACAGACAAACAAAAUUUGUUUAAAAAAGCUAUAUAUCAAUGAAUGUUAUAAUAUAACAAUGUAUUAGAUACUUUGUCAUAUAAAUAUGAUCAAAGGUUGAUUUUAAUUUGACAGUAUAAUUGAUUACAGCUCGUGUGAAUUAACUUGACACCUGGUUCGAAAAGUUUUGAUUCAAUUUAGUGUCUAUAAACUUUUGGUUUCGGCCAUUGUUCUUCAAAUAUCGUUGUAAAAAAAAUCUGUAAGCGUUAUUUUAUUAAAUUAUUAUAAAAACUUUUGUCAGAUCAAUAUCAAUUCUUCUUCUUCUUAAGGUGCCUCUCCAACUAGCGAAGGUUGGCAGUCAAUUUCUUGAACUCGUCUCAAUCCUUCGCGAGGCGAAAUAAUUGUGCGGCGCUCGCGAUCCCGGUCCACUCUCUGAGAUUUUUCCAUACUGACGACUAGGGAAAAUAGUGCAGUGGUUUCCCGUUGCCUUCUGACUUUAAUAUCAAUGCGAAUCUUAAACUCCGCUGUAGUUAAUUAUACUUAUUAAUAUAAGUUUAUAUUGUACUUUGAUAAACUGCGUCGAUCGCUGCCAAACGCAUACAAAUCGGUUGAUUUGUACCAGAGUGAUGAAAUCUUAAGUGUUUCAAAAGAAGUCCUUUUAAAUUUAACUAUCAAAACUUAGUUUCUUAGUUAAUGUACGAAAAAAAUACCGCCAGAUUAUGUGAAAGUUUCGGCGGAAACUGAGACUUAAUCCGAAAAUCGGUUUCGGUUUCGGCUUGUGAUAACUGUGAUGCUACUCAGCGCCCUCUCGCGGGAAAGUAGGAAGGAUCGAGGUAGGUGUCAAGUUAAUUCACACGAGUUAUAACAUGAACAGUGUAUGUGGAUAUUAUAACAACCCUUACAUAAUAUAAUAUUUGUUAAAUAAUGUUUAGAUAGGUAAACAUAAUUGUUUUUUUAAAUGUAUAGCUAUGUCAUAUGUUAAUAGCUAUUUUAUCAAAUGUUCAAUGUCUUGUAAAAAAGUUAACACACGCACAACAGUCAAAGCUAUAACUUUGAUUAUAAACUGUAUUAAUUAAAAUAAUAUGUAUAAAUAUUUAUUUGUACGUAAUUGCCGACGUAACACUAAAAUUGUCUAUAUCAUAAAUGUAUAAUGAUACAUUUAUGAUAAGUAUAUAUCUUUAGUUAUAAUAAAAUGUUAUAUUACAUACACAAAUGAAAGGAUAUUGCAAUAAUGUAAAAAAGAUAAUGAAUGAAUAAUAGCACUAAUGCGUGUAGAUAACGCUCAAAUAACAUUCAUUAAAUUAAUUAAAAAUUAGUGUAAAAGACAAUUUAGCCACAAUAGUCCAUCGGUUUAGGGAGAUAACUCAAAACGAAAAUAAAUUAUGUUCAUACUCCAUCCAUUGGACUAUGAUCGAACCCACUUCUAUAUACUCUGUACAACUAUUUGGCUAUGUGAAGAUUACGUCAGUUCCACCGACUAAUAUUUAACUAGACUUCGUUCGAUCAUUGAAAACUUAAAAAUCCAAUAGGUGUGUUAUAUACGAUGACGUCACAAAUCUCCUAGUGUUAUCUUAUCCAAAGUAAACAAUCAUAAUUGCCAAAGGCAAUUUCAACUAAAUGUUUAAAAAAAAUUUACAACUAUAAACAGAUCCAAAGCCUAAAUAUAAAUAGUAAUAACAAGGCACAUAUUUUUCUAACACACUUAUCUAAGUGUACUUUUAUACGGUUUAAGGAAUUUCGCUGAACACAAUUUUCACAGUCACUUACUGUCUAUCUAACUGAGUUAUCUAUCUCAGUCACUUACUAACUCACUAACUUGCUAUGUAGCUUCAGUCACUUACUAUCUAACUCACUAACUUGCUAUCUAGCUCAGCCACUUACUAUCUAACUCAGUAACUUACUUAAAUAAACUAUAAAAUGUCACAUUUUAAUGAAUGUAUUGUCUCACUAGCGGCCAACUAGUUGUACGCAGUUUACCUUGUCGAAUCCUGUGGCAAAAAUUAGUUUAAUAAUGUUUAAAGAGGUUUGUUGUGAAAAAUGUACAUAUUCAUAAAGAUUAACAUUUAUUAUGGUAGAAACACAUCGCAAUACCACUUCUAGUUAUUUUUGUUUUGAUUUAUCUCACCAUGCGUAAGUAAGGUGUUACCAGUGUGUAGGUGAGGUGUUGCCAGUGAGUAGGUGAGGUGUCGCCAGUUGUAGGUGAGGUGUUGUUGGUGUGUUCCUACCAUUAGAUUAGAUAGGUGUGUGCGUCGGUGUUGUAAUUAAAACAAAUUAACGGUGUUGUGACGUUUUUGAUGAUAAAUAUAAAGUUAAGCCUUGUUUACACCUAGCAAGUGUUUCGUCGAGUCGAAACUAGCUUCUUACUUACUUACUCUACAAUAAGAUAUGGCUAUUAGGUAGAAGUUACCAAUUGAUUAUAUUACAAAAUAUAUUCAAUAGGUACUGAAACUUUCAAAAAAAUAUUUGUUUUAUCCGCCAAAUAGUUCUACGACACAAAUAAAAUCAUUAAUUAAAAAUCCAGACGUUGAUGCCGUCCUUUCUUACGCACAGAUAUUCUUAAAUGUUAAUUGAUACAAAUUGCCUUAUAUUCAGGGUAACAUUAGAAAAAAAAAAUACAUUUGGUACAAUUUACUUAAAGUGGUGCAAUAUCUUCUUCUCAGUUAAAAUUGAAAAUCUAAAAUAAUUAAUUAAAAAAUAAAUGAGAUUUUUAAAUGAAACUUUUGAAUAUGCAAUAAACAUAUUUCUCACAUUGUAUACGAUUGUUUACAAUUGAACUCUACUAAGUUUCUUGAUCUACAUAAAUUAAUAGAUUUUGUAACAUAAAUAUAUAGAUUUUGUAACAGAGCCACUACUAUUUUUAUUAUGAUAAACCACAAGUAGAGGUUACUCGCUUCGCUCGAAAACUUGCUUGGUGUAUGGAAGGCCUUAUAGUCAUAACCAAAGACAUGUAAGGCUGUAUCGAAUGGAAGGACUCAAAAUUUUUCAUAUCAAAUUUCAAAGCCGUAUAAACUUUGUAUAUAAAAGAGAUAUUUUUUUAAGUGUCACGCUUUAACAAAUGAAUCUUAAAUAUUUAUUCCAUAUACUUCUACUUAUUAAAACUUUUAAAAAUUGCCAAUAUUUAUCACCAAUACUAUAGCGGCACUGUAUUAUUUUGAUUAAUAUUAAGACGUCAAUAUAAGGUACAUAUUAAUUAAAAUGAAUUAUUUAAAAUUUUAAUAAAUAUAAAUAAAAAGAUUAAACAUUUUGUACAUUAAUUUUAACUUCGAAACAAUUCUUCAAAACUUUGGUGAUUCGAAUUUCGAACUCGUUCAUAGUGAUAAUAAAAUUAAUUAAUAAACAGAAAGGUAAUAAAAUUAUGUUAGCAUUUCGGUUUUAUUACAACAUUAUAGUUGUAUUUUAAAAAAGACAGUACAGUGCUGCAAUUUAAGUUUUAAUAUAAUAUUUAUAAAUAAAAUUGUAGAGUCUGUGUAUGAUUUAAAACAACUAUUUUAUCAAGUGCUUAAAGUAAUAUAUAUAUACGAAAUACUAAAACAUAUUGAAUUUUUUUUUUAAUUAUUGUCUGUUUAUGUCGGUUUUUUUUUUAAACUUUCACUGGAGAUAGAGGAUGUUGUUGAGCAAUAUAUAAUAGCCCUGUUUAUUAUGUCUCCAAUCAAAGUGUUUUUUAUUUUUCUGGUCAAGCUAUAAAUGGAGCGCAUUAAUUAAUAAAAAAAAAAAUUAAUAAAAGUGGCCAUUUUAAAACGGAAUUUUCAAAAAAAAAACUUUCUUAAUUUAAGCUUUAAAUUAUACCUGCUUAAUUAACGAUUUUAACUAUUCUUUUACAAGACACUUUUCAAAGAAGUCAUAUUGAUUAUUUUAAAUAUUGUUGUUUUGUUGAUGUGCUUUAAACCCUACUUUUAUAGCGUUCAGUUGUAAUUUUAAUUAAAAUUAUAAUUUGGAAUCGAAAAAAAUGUUUUUUUUAAUGUUAUUUAUAUGUUAUAGGUCACAUAGAAACUUGUAAUAGUCUGAUCAGAAAAAGCAUCGCCAGUUGCGAAAAAAAAUGACGUCUCAAAUCCAGGUUUUUAUAUUUCUGAUCAUACUAUACUAAAGUUUAUGAACGUCGAGAUACACAGAAAUUGUACAAAAAAAGCUAUUAACAUUAGUAAACAUUCAACAUUUUUUUUUUUUUAAAUUGGUAGCUAUUUAAAUCUUUUUAGAACAAAUAAUUAGGAACGUGUGUAUAAGUUACCGUUAAAUUGUAGAAUUACGUUAGUUUAUAAUCUCACUCGCGAUAUUCGGUAGAUUGUAAGAAUUUUCUUUAUUUUUUUUUAUUUGUACGGUUUAUAAAUAAAAAAAUACCUAAAUGUAUGAAGUUCACAGUUUAUGGACAGUUCACAAUCUCGCGAGAUUAAUUAUAAACUAACAGUAUUUACAAUUUUACGGUAACAUAUAUAUGGCUUUAUAAAAAUUGUACGCUCGACUGAAUUUGUGGCGUAUGUUAUUGUUGUUUUUUUUUUAUAACUUAAGGCUCAAACGGGCAAGUACCUCGAGCCGUCUUUAUUAAUUAAAAAAAAAUUGUUACUGAUGCACAAUGUCUAACUGUAAAUUAAUUCCGUUUAAACUUACGCUCUUUACAAAACUACAUAACGGAGUUCUUCUAAAAAUUCUCUAUGAUAUUACAGUCGAACAAUGGGCGUGGGUAGAACAAUCCAGUGUUUUGUUGACUGUCCUUUAUGACAGAUACCGCCACUCGGUCGGUCAUUUUGUUCUAACCAUAGAUUAUAGAUUAAAGAAUAAUAGGCAGAUAGAGUACACGGAACACGACGGUGUCUUAUCCGCCCCAAAUACAAAAUUCAAAAACGAAUACAUUCUCGACUCAGUACAGCACGAAGCGUCGCCCUUGUAAUUUUCAAUAUUAUUCAAGAAAAAUGGCGUCAUAUUAUGUUUUUAAAUAUUUUAAAAACUAUUCACAAAAACUGAAGAAAUAAGAUUGAGUAUUUUUUAUUGGUAAUUAUUGAUUGUUAUAUUAAUUUACGUAAUCGUUGUUAGUGUUCAAUAUUGAAAUAUAGAUUAUGAAAAAAAUUUGUGUAUGCGGAUGUCAAGGAGACGCGUGACGUUUGUUUUUUUUUUAUCGGUUUCACCACGCUGCUUGUAAAGACUCAUUCUAGAUCAUCUUUACUCUGUGGUUCUAACACGAUUUUCUGUCUUUCUUCGAUUGUAGAAGAGACUACAAGGCUUUGAUAUUAACAAGUUUUGUGAAGAAUGUAAAGUUUAAGUUGCAUCGCAGAUGAAUGACACAUAACAUUCAGUCCGAUUAUGUUGACGUCACUAGCAUUUUAACAUUAUAAAAUGAGUUGCGGCAUUAUGUGGUUAAGGCUUGUUUAUAGAGAGGACCUUUAGAACGUUAAAUGUAGCCAAAUAUUUCUAUGCAUCUACCACAAAUUAAAGAAUAAUAGGCAGAUAGAGCGCACAUAACACGACGGUGUCGUAGCGUUCCAAAUACAAAAUUCUAAAACUAAUACAUUCUCGAGUCAGUACGACAUGAAGCGUUGCAUCAGGAGUUUUCAAUGUUAUUCAAGAAAAAUGGCGUCUUAUGUUUUUAAAAUACUUCACAAAAAUUAAUGGAGUAUUUUUUAUUGGUAA